AUGGAAUCUCAAAUCCCAUUUCGAUCAUACGAUGAAAAACAAAGGAAUAAUGAUGAUGGUCGAUUCACAUUCACAAGCACCGAGCAAAAACGAGUUGAAGAGAUGCUUUUCGAAAAUUACGAAAACUUGGUUUUACAACCCGAUGAUUUUGCAAAUGUCUCGAUUUUCCGACAAAAACAUGCAAGUUUCUUAUUGCGAUAUCUGGCAAAUGUUCCAAAAAGUUAUUCGAGCCUCGACGCCAGCAGACCUUGGAUGUGCUAUUGGGCUGUUCACGCUCUAACAAUCCUAGAAGUCAAGAUCCCCGAGGAAACUAUCAACGCAGUUAUAACCCUUAUCAAAGCUUGUGAACAUCCAGAUGGUGGUUAUGGAGGGGGCCCCGGUCAAUAUGCACAUUUAGCACCAACAUAUGCCGCAGUUAUGUGCCUAGUUUCGCUGAAAAAUGAAAAAGCUUUGGAAAGUAUUAAUAAAGAGAGCCUUUUUCAAUAUUUAAAAGCGUCAAAGCAUCCAAUUCAUGGCGGAUUUUACAUGCAUUUUGGGGGAGAAAUCGAUAUGCGAAGUGCAUAUUGCGCUUUGGCAAUUUGCCAGAUUAUUGGUUUGCCGAUGGAUGAAUUGAGCGAUGGAACAGCUGAAUGGGUAAUCAGUUGUCAAACCUAUGAAGGAGGCUUCGGUGGCGAGCCAUACACCGAAGCGCACGGUGGCUACACGUUUUGUGCCGUAGCCGCUCUCGUUCUUAUGGACAGAUUUCGACUUGUUGACUUUGAAUCGCUGUUGAGAUGGGUUACACGAAGACAAAUGCGAUAUGAAGGGGGGAUUUCAGGGAAGAACGAAUAAGUUGGUCGAUGGUUGCUAUAGUUUUUGGCAGGGUGCGAUUUAUCCACUGAUUGAUGGGGAAAUGGAAAGAGAGGGAAAGGAUUUCGAAAAGGGAUUGUUUGAUUCGAGAAUGUUGGAGGAGUAUACUUUUGUUGGAUGCCAAUCGAAAGAUGGAGGAUUUAGGGAUAAACCUGAUAAAGGUUAG